CUAACGAUUGCCGAGAGGAUCACGUGAUUGAUCGGGAUUCGGUGAGUCACGCGAACCUCCUCUCGGAUUAUGACCUCCCUAUAUCUGCAUCACUAGAUCACCUCGUUACUACUUUGGCCGAGAAGGUCUCUGGGUCAGACAUACCUUCGGCAGAAUGAGUUCCAUCCAAUACUAUGUUGGAACGUUGCGCUCCCUUAUAGGUCUCCAACUAGUCUCGCGUCUCGCUAGCUUUGGCCUCAACCAAUCUCUUAUUCGGAUCGCGUCACCAACCGUAUAUGGUACAGCCGCGAUCCAAUUUGAUCUCAUCCGGGACACAAUCCUCUUUCUUGGCAGGGAGGCGGUCCGAGGUGUUGUGCUGAGGACCCGCGUUACGGACGAUGACGAGAAGGCCAAGGGAACGAGCCCCGAGGCUACGGGCACCCGCAGCCGUGUCCUCAACAUGACGCUUAUCGCACCGGCAUUGGGCCUGCUCGUGGUCUUCACCGUGAUACCGGCCUACUUAUCGCUCCUACCACACGAGACUACAUCUCAAUCAUGCUACAUGCCUUCGCUCUGCGGAUACCUCUUUGCUACAAUAAUCGAGUUGGCUACAGAACCCUUUAUGCUGGGCACGCAGAUCGGAUUGUUCACCCUUCCCGGCCGGGAUUCCUCGUCUAUCCGCGCUCGAAUUGAAGGGACAAGCGUCGUUGUUCGGGCGGUAGUGACCUUCGCCUGCUUAUACAUAACCAAGCAAUUUGGUACUAGCGAUGAACACGCACUCCUCGGGUUUGGCCUGGGCCAGAUCGCCUACUCUGUAGUCCUUAUCGGAGCUUGGAUGAGAGCAGUGGGGUACAAUGUUGUCAGCGAGGUCUUAUCGCAAUUCAUAACAAUGGUCAGAACCGUACCGUGGGCCUUGUUCAAAAGGAAAACGUCAAGUACACUCUUCGAAAAGUCGCAACUGCGCUUGCUUGGCGCCUUGAGCGGUCAAUCCCUAUUCAAGCAUUGUCUGACCGAAGCAGACCGGGCUGUGGUAGGCUGGACCAGUCCGCUAGAAGAUCAGGCAGGAUACGCUUUGGCGACAAAUUACGCUUCACUUAUUGUACGGAUUGUCUUCCAGCCACUUGAAGAAUCAGCUCGGCUGUACUUUUCUAGGACUAUCAAGCCCGACAGACAAGCGAUUCGUUGGGAGGAUGUUCAGCCAUACCAAGUCUUGGCCAACAUCCUGCACGUCUCUUUUGCUUUGCCGCUAGUCACUGCCGCCUUCGUUCCGCCCGUCGGCUCGAUCUUGAUGCCAUAUCUCCUUCCGCCACGCUAUCUGCAAACUUCGGCGCCAUCGACAUUGGUCGCUUACAUGACUCUGUAUCUGCCCAUCAUGUCGGUCAACGGAAUCCUCGAAGCAUUCUUUUCCGCAACGACAGACACGCAUAAAGUUGCUCGGCAAAGUGGAGUCAUGGCCGGCUGCUCACUGAUUUUCGGCGGCACAUUAGCUGUUAUUCGCCAAAUCCGCAAAGGCGACGUAUCCUCGCUGCCGAGGGUGCCGGUCGAAUGGAUCACUCCGGAAAUUUCCCUGGUGUAUGCGAACACUCUGCAGAUGAUCUGUCGGAUCAUUUUCGCAGGAAAACACGCUGCGGACUUAACGGAUAGGAGCAUAGGAAGUCGGACAAGCCUACGCUGGCGGCCGGGUAUGCUUACCAUCGCCACCAUCGUGGCGAGCGGCAUUUUCACGAGAGCGAUCCCCCAGGUGGUCGACUUGCACGCCGCAGCUACAUUGCUUAUGAUCGCCUCGUUCGGGGUUCUCUGUCUUGUGUGCUUAGGGUUCGACGAGAUGCCCUGCUGGCGGUCUCUGCGUACGCCCGGUACUGUCCGGAAAUCCGAUUAACGGGAUGUCAACAGCACAACGUGGCUUGAAAUGACCCGGGUGAUCACAAAAUAUAAUGCUAUCGCAAUCCUCAUGGGGUGUACACUGA